AUGCAGAAUAUCAGAUCCAAGAUCAAAAGAAAGUUGUCGAUGCGUGACAAGGACGUCAAUGUCGACGACUACGACGAAGCCUCGGAUGUCGACGAAGAGACGACGGGACACCUGCAUCGCGAGAUCGAAAAGGCUGAGAAAGAAGGUCACGAUGCCGGUCGACCGGGCACGUUUUUGAAUAAGCUCAUUCUGCACGGCAAUAAGAAGACGGAAGACCAGCUGGCGAAAGAGGCUGCAUAUGCGAAUCAAGGUGGUCAGCAGCAGAUUGGACAGCAGUCGGUGGGUACUUCAGAAGAGGGUGUCGUGAGGUAG